AUGGUGGCCACCCGCGCGGGGCCCGGGAGCGCCCGGGGACCCGCAGGCUUCCGGCCAGUCAGUCCCUGCGCGGCGCAGGCUGGGCGCCCCGGCCGUGAGGCUGGCCGAGCCGGCGCGCCAGGGCGGGUUUUGUCACUUAUACUUAUUCUCUUUUCUGUACAACAUGGCUAUGGGAGUGGAAAGAAGUAUAUUGGUCUGUGUGGAGGAAGAGAUUGUUCUGUUUGCCAGUGCUUUCCUGAAAAAGGGUCUCGGGGUCAACCAGGAUUACUGGGACCACAGGGUCCAAUUGGAUACCUGGGACCUCCAGGACCUAUUGGGAUUCCAGGAGAGAAAGGGAUGAGAGGUGACAGUGGCCCUCCUGGAGCAGUAGGGGAGAAGGGGGACAAGGGUCCAACUGGUGUUCCUGGAUUUCCAGGUUUGGAUGGCAUACCUGGACACCCAGGGCCUCCUGGAUCCAGAGGCAAACCUGGCAUGAAUGGCUACAAUGGCUCAAGAGGUGAUCCAGGGCUUCCAGGAGAAAGAGGAGCUCCUGGCCCAGGAGGACGCCCAGGUCUUCCUGGAGAAAAUGGAGAAAAAGGAAAUUCAGUGUUCAUUUUACGUGGCAUCAAAGGUAUUCAGGGAGACAGAGGGGACCCAGGACCUCCCGGCUUCCCAGGAUCUAGGGGAGCGAGUGGACCAGCAGGCCCAAUGGGCUUUCCAGGAGAGCUGGGGUUAACAGGUCCUCCUGGCCCUCCUGGGAGUCCAGGUUUGAAGGGUAAUCCUGGCGUGGGAGUUAAGGGGCAAAAGGGAGACCCGGGUGAAGUUGGCCGGCAAGGUUCUCCAGGACCAACCCUGUUGGUGGAGCCACCUGAUUUUUGUCUCUAUAAAGGAGAAAAGGGUAUAAAAGGAAUGCCUGGAGUUACUGGGCCACCAGGACCUUUUGGAUUCAAGGGAAAACCUGGCACUGGGCCAAAAGGAGAAAAAGGUAUUAUUGGAUUCCCAGGACCUCGGGGUGACCCUGGUUCCCAUGGAGUUCCAGGCUUUCCAGGAUUAAAGGGGGAACCAGGACUGGUUGGUGAUCCUGGGCCGUUUGGAUUUCUUGGCUCAAAGGGGGAUCCUGGAGACCGUGGACACCGAGGACCACCAGGUGUUUUGUUAACUCCACCUGUUCCACUCAAAGGCCCUCCAGGGGAUCCGGGGUUCCCUGGCCACUAUGGAGAAGUGGGGGCAGUUGGACCGCCUGGUCCCCCGGGUCCCUCAGGUAGACCAGGGGAAGCCCGGGCAGGCAUGAUGGGACCUCCAGGGCCCCGAGGGUUUCCUGGUCGUCCGGGGCUUCCAGGGACAGCUGGUAUUCCUGGGAGAGCUGCUCCAGGAAAACCAGGAAACCCAGGACCACCUGGCCUGCCCGGAGCGCCAGGACUGCAGGGACCCCCAGGAUCAGAUGUUAUAUAUUGUAGUGUUGGGAACCCUGGACCACAAGGAAUAAAAGGCAAAAUGGGUCCUCCAGGAAGAAGAGGCUCCAAAGGAGAAAAAGGAAACGAAGGGCUCUGUGCCUGCGAGCCUGGUCCCAUGGGGCCUCCUGGUCUCCCAGGACUUCCUGGGCAGCAGGGUAGUAAGGGAGACUUGGGGCUUCCGGGGUGGCUUGGAGAAAGAGGGGACCCAGGUCCUCCUGGUGCCGAAGGAUCUCCGGGGCCACCAGGAAAACCUGGUGCCUCAGGACCACGUGGCAACAAAGGAGAAAAGGGUGACAUGGUUGUAUCGAGAGUUAAAGGGCACAAAGGAGAAAGAGGUCCUGAUGGGCCCCCAGGAUUCCCAGGGCAACAGGGACAAGAUGGUUGGGAUGGACUUGCUGGAGGAAGAGGAGACCCAGGACCCCCAGGGGAUCAUGAAGAUGCAACCCCAGGUGGAAAAGGGUUUCCUGGACCGCCAGGGCCCCCAGGCAGAGCAGGAUCUGUGGGACCUCCAGGUCUGGGAUUUCCUGGUCCACCAGGAGAGAGAGGGAGACCAGGAGCUCCAGGCUACCCCGGCGUGAGAGGCCCUGAUGGCUUGAAGGGCCCGAGAGGUGAUACAAUUCCUUGUAACAUAACCUACCCAGGAAGGCCAGGCCCUCCAGGUUUUGAUGGACCUCCAGGUCCAAACGGAUUUCCAGGUUCCCGGGGUGCUCCUGGGCCAAGGUGCUUUAAUGGGCAAAAAGGUCGACGUGGCAAACCGGGAAUAUCUGAAAUACCAGGUCCACCUGGUUUUCGUGGUGACAUGGGAGACCCAGGUUUUAAAGGUGAAAAAGGCUCCUCCCCUGUUGGGCCACCAGGCCUUCCCAGUUUACCUGGUGUGGAUGGUCGGAAAGGAAUCCCAGGUGACCCUGCGUACGGCCACCCAGGACCUCCAGGAAAGAGGGGUCUUUCAGGAGUGCCGGGGGUGAAAGGCCCCCAAGGUGACCCAGGUCAUCCGGGGGCUGCAGGGCCAGCUGGCACUCCAGGAAUUCCAGGCCUCAAGGGUCCCAAAGGCAGAGAGGGAAGUGCUGGGUUUCCAGGUAACCCAGGCCCACCUGCCCAUUCCUGUGAAAGAGGUGUUCCGGGGAUACCAGGGCAGCCAGGACUUCCUGGGGCUCCAGGUAGUCCAGGUGCCCCAGGCUGGAAAGGACAGCGAGGGGAUGAAGGGCCUCCUGGACCAGCUGGAAUGAAGGGUCUUUCCGGAGUCCCAGGAUGGCCAGGUGCAGAGGGACUCCCUGGACCACCAGGAAUCUCAGGCCCUUCUGGGGAUGAUGGACUACCUGGUCUUCCAGGCCCACAGGGACCUCAGGGUCUGCCUGGUGUCCCUGGUUUUCCGGGGGAGAGAGGAAAGCCUGGCCCAGAGGGACGACCUGGCAGAAAGGGAGAACACGGAGAGAAAGGUUGGCCUGGUCUUCUGGGAGACCAGGGAACGAGAGGUGCCAAAGGAGAGAGAGGACCUCCAGGAGAUGAAGGAGACGUGACUAUAAUUUCCAAAAAAGGGAAGGCAGGAGGUCCUGGACCCCCUGGAGAUGUUGGAUUCCCAGGAGAAAAAGGUGAUAAAGGAAGUCCAGGGAUGCAAGGGAGACGAGGAGAACCAGGAAGACAAGGACCACCUGGAUUUCACAGUGGAGAGCCUGGUAGAAAUGGACAGCCAGGGCUUCCUGGACCCCAAGGACCUCCAGGCUUACCUGGCCUAAGAGGGAUCAUUGGUUUUCCAGGAUUUCCAGGUGACCAGGGUGAUCCAGGUUCUCCAGGCCCCCCUGGAUUUUCAGGGAUUGAUGGAGGGAGAGGACCUAAAGGAAACAAAGGUGAUCCUGCAAGGCAGGUUGGUCCACCUGGUCCAAAGGGUGAUCCAGGUAGCCUUGGAUGUCCAGGGCACUUCGGAGUCCCCGGAGAGCAGGGCUUGCCUGGUGUUCAAGGGCCCAGAGGACCACCUGGAAGGCCAGGACUGCCAGGCUCCUCCGGACCACCAGGGUGUCCAGGUGAUCGAGGGGUGACUGGGCUGAGGGGACAUCCAGGAGAAACAGGGGACCCUGGACCAAGAGGCCUCAUGGGGAAUCCAGGGUCACCAGGUCCUCCAGGAAUGAAAGGUUCCUCGGGGUCUCCUGGCCUGAACGGCUUGCAUGGUUUAAAGGGCCAGAAAGGAAGCAAAGGUGCUUCAGGUUUGCAUGAAAUAGGCCCACCAGGUCCAGUGGGAAUGCCUGGACUGAAAGGGGAGACAGGAGACCCUGGGAGUCCAGGAAUUUCUCCUCCAGGACUUUUUGGAGAAAAAGGUCCUCCAGGUCCCCCAGGGAGACCAGGACCACCUGGUCCUGCAGGUGCCCCAGGAAGAGCUCCUAAGGGUGACAUUCCUGACCCGGGUCCACCUGGAGAUCAGGGGCCUCCCGGUCCUGAUGGUCUAAGAGGCGCACCAGGGCCUCCAGGUGCCCCUGGGAGGGUUGACCUCCUGAGAGGGGAGCCAGGUGACUGUGGCCUUCCAGGGCCACCAGGUCCCCCAGGCCCACCAGGCCCUCCAGGAUGCAAAGGUUUCCCAGGAUGCAAUGGAAAUGACGGCCAGAAAGGACCAAUGGGAUUCCCAGGGCCACAAGGACCCCAUGGAUUUCCUGGGCCACCUGGAGAAAAGGGUUUACCUGGACCUCCAGGUCAACAAGGACCCCCUGGUCCUCCAGGUUCCAGGGGUGAACCUGGGCCACCUGCAGAUGCAGAUGCCUGCCCUCGAAUCCCAGGACUUCCUGGGGUGCCAGGCCCAAGAGGACCAGAAGGAGCCAUGGGGGUCCCCGGAACAAGAGGUCCCCCAGGACCAGAGUGCAAAGGAGAGCCCGGGCUGGAUGGCAGGAGGGGCGAGCCUGGCAUUCCUGGGGCACCUGGGCCUCCAGGAAGCAAGGGUGACACAGGAGAAGCUGGCUGCCCUGGAGCACCAGGCCCUCCUGGUCCUGUUGGCGAUCCUGGGCCCAAAGGGUUUGGACUUGGAUAUCUCAGCGGCUUCCUCCUGGUUCUCCACAGUCAGACAGAUCAAGAACCCUCCUGCCCAGUGGGUAUGCCCAAGCUCUGGACAGGGUAUAGUCUGUUAUACCUGGAAGGACAAGAGAAAGCUCACAAUCAGGAUCUUGGUCUGGCAGGGUCUUGCCUCCCCAUGUUUAGCACACUGCCCUUUGCCUACUGCAACACCCACCAAGUGUGCCACUAUGCCCAGAGGAAUGACAAAUCCUACUGGCUGGCCAGCGCUGCCCCCCUACCCAUGAUGCCGCUCUCAGAAGAGGAGGUCCGCCCAUACAUCAGCCGCUGUGCCGUGUGUGAGGCCCCAGCCCAGGUGGUGGCAGUGCACAGCCAGGAUAAAUCUAUACCCCCGUGUCCACGGUCCUGGAGGAGCCUCUGGAUUGGAUAUUCAUUCUUGAUGCACACAGGAGCUGGGUCUCAAGGCGGAGGACAGGCCCUCAUGUCACCGGGUAGCUGUCUGGAAGAUUUCAGAGCAGCGCCAUUCCUCGAAUGCCAAGGCCGGCAGGGAACGUGCCACUUUUUUGCAAAUGAGUAUAGCUUCUGGCUGACAACGGUGAAACCAGACUUGCAGUUCUCUGCACCGUCACCAGACACCUUAAAAGAAAGCCAGGCCCAGCGCCAGAAGAUCAGCAGAUGCCAAGUCUGCGUGAAGUAUAGCUAG